AUGCGGUCGACCACGUUGUUGGUACUCUCAACUUACACAGUUAUCGUAGCGUUAUCUCAGACCAAACGACUUCACAAUAGUGAUUACAAUGGUGUGCAGACGGUAGCUAAACACGAAAAUGAAAGAGACAAUCCUCGUGGUACAAGUGAGAAAACAACAGAACUACAGUUAAUUGUGAGGAUUUCCGAGUAUGUGCGCAUGGAAGACAGUUUUAGGGCAAUUUGA